AUGUCACCAACCCUGAACACUAUUGAGUUCUUGCUCAUCUUCAUCUUUAUCUUCUCUUUCUUCCAUGGCUCAUUUUCUUGCUCCUUCACUGUAGCUAAUAAUUGCCCACAUACAAUUUGGCCAGGUACACUAGCCGGUGCAGGGACUCCACAGCUUCCAAUGACCGGAUUCGAAUUAGAGUCUGGCAGGAGUGUUGAUAUUCCUGCAGUUCCUCGGUGGUCUGGUCGCAUCUGGGCAAGAACUGGUUGCAGUUUUGAUGACACAGGGAAUGGGACAUGCCAGACUGGGGAUUGUGGGGGAAGGCUGGAAUGUAAUGGUAAUGGUGCUGAACCACCUGCAUCACUCUUCGAGAUCACUCUCGGGAAUGGCAAUGACAAAGAUUUCUAUGACGUCAGUAUCGUUGACGGUUACAAUUUGCCAUUAGUUGCCAUACCGAAUGGUGUCUAUGGCGUCUGUAAUGCGACGGGUUGUGUUACAGAUCUCAAUUUGGGUUGCCCGAAAGAGCUGCAGGUAGUGGAUGGUGCUGAGACAGGGGGUGUGGUUGCAUGUAAGAGUGCUUGUGAGGCAUUUGGGCUUGAUCAGUACUGCUGCAGUGGAGAGUUUGCCAAUCCAACUGCAUGUAGACCGUCAUUCUACUCGACGAUCUUCAAGCAAGCUUGUCCAAGGGCCUAUAGCUAUGCAUUUGACGAUGGCACAAGCACUUUCACAUGCCAGGCUUUCCAGUACACUAUCACUUUCUGCCCUGGUGUUAAUGGUGUAAGAAGAUCUAAUGGUAUAUCUAUACCCCCACCUGCAUUUCAAGAGAGAACUCUACCACUCUAUCAAGAUGGUAUUGGAAAGAUUGUGGGGAUGGCACCAUCUUUAAAUGUUCUCUCUGUUCCGAUGUCAAUCCUUUUCCUUCUCAUUCUUCACUUCUUCUAAGCCAAUCUGAACUAACCUCCUUGCUAUUGAGAAUUGCUGACACAGAUGUUCAUCAGAGGUUUGACGCGAUACUGAACAAUGUGAGGAAGCACAUCAAAGAUUCAAAGAUAAGGGAGAUGGAGAUCUGAAAUCUAAUCUUUUAUGGGCUUAGGAAAUUGUAAGAGGUCAUUUAAGGUUGAACAAGGUGAAAGCUGAUGAUUAAAGCAUUAGUUGGUACAUUGGGAGACUUGAAUUCUAUAGAAUGUACUAAAUUCAUGGCACUUCUCUUCAAAUAAUUAUUUUAACUUUUUAAGCCUUCAAACGCUAUAGAAGAA